CAGCGUUUGAUAGUAGGCAGGCAGGGCACAGAACGCGCAGUGUUUUAGCACACGUCCCGGGCUUGCCCGCGUAGUACUUGUUCACAGCUGAGAUCGUACGGCAGGAAAUUGGAUCGCUGAUAAGCAUCUUGUUACCAGUGGCACCAAACAGUGACUGUGCCUUGGCGAAUCUAACGGAUCUUGUGAUCGCUCUGUUCCGUAUAGAACGAUCCUCUCAUACACGUUGGGGGGACUGGGUUUUCGUGAACUUGUACGACAUUUUGGUAGGCAUCGGGCGUAGACGGCUAAAGUCAGCCUGACAGUGAGCGAAUAGGGAAUUCCCAAACCUCUUGCCAUCGAAAUUCUAAACUUGUGUUGUGAUAUAUUUCUUGUUGGCAAGUUACUUGCCUCCUGACACAUCAUAGUACUUCCCCUGUUUUUGAAUAGUGUUGAUUAAAAUGAAGAAUAAACGAUUCAAUGUGAUUGUAUGGGGAUUAAACUGAAGUGAAGUGAUUAUUGUUGUGCGUUGCUAGCGUGUGAUCGACCGGUGCAAACUAAGUGGUUUUGUCGACCUUCUUCCUACCCAUCAUUUCCAUAAUUUCUCAUCGUGCGUCAUCGUGCGAGAUAUAGGCAGAAUAAAAAGUGAACCGCACUGAGAAGAAUAACUCACCCGUGGGAGAUAAACAUUUGCCAACAAAAGUGAAGGACCAGAAGAAGACAAAAAAACAUUCCCAAUAGAGUGUGGGAACAAGGGGGAAAAGCAUACGGAGGUUCCUCUUCCUUUACAUGAUUGACAGUAAGGGGCACUGUCCCGACGACAUCUUGACCAUCGUCAGCAUCCGAUCGUACUACUGUUUGCACCCGGCAGCAGUGGUGCAGAGCGUUGUUGUGGUUGUCCUGCUUUCCGCGCACCACCGCGAACAGGACGCAACCAUUCGUCGCCGAACCGUCAGCGCACAGGAAGCGUUCUUCAAGGAGAGCGUUACAUGAGCGUCCAUACGCAGUGUUUUGGUGAACUGAUACUGUGAUCUGAAUGAUACUGUGAACCUAGGCAGAGAUUCUGAGUGUACAGUUGAAAGUGUGCCGAAAGCAAUUAUUGUACCCCAAUUCUUUGUGCAAUCGUCAAAAAACAAGUCGUGAAGAAGUUCAAGGAUAUUCAUAUACAAGGCGGAGUGGGUCGAUCAUUGCCCGUACGUACGCCUGCCCUUUAAUCUGGUGCGGCUAGUUCCAACCUCUAUGGAGUUUCAGCUAGACAGCGCAGAAUACUGCCAGGCACAACACAAAUAAGCGAAAGGCGCGCUUUUUCCCUGCCACCACCACCAUCAUCAUCACCAUCACCACCGCCGCCGCCGACGCCGCCGACGCCGCCCAUCGCCGCCCUAUACCUCCCGGGAAAGAAGGAUAAUCGAGCUGGAGAAAGUUGUAGCUGCUUUAGCUGGACGAGAGCGAGUGUGUGCUGGAAGAUUUGGUGUGAGAGAGCGCGUGAGGGCGUGUGAGGAGGUAGAAAGCGAGCAAGGCGAGGAGAUCCUCCCGUGAAAGCGCGAAUGGUGGUUGCUGCGUAAGGAAGGAGGUCUCGCGCAAGAUCUGAAACACACACACACACAAGCCACCCGGGUAGCGAAGCUUUUGAAUGAGAAGCCCCGAGCUGGCGCGUACAUUGGAGAAGAAAGUGCUGCACGUCGUAGCGAAGCAUCGUCGCCAGCAGAAGGAAGAAUUGCACACGAGCGGUGUUUAUUCAUUGCCGUAGCCGCCGACACCGUAAACUCCCUCCAACCAAGUGUGAGUGUGUGUGUGUCUGUGUGUUGGUUACACCGCCCUUCCCACACGGACACGCGUAUAGAGGUCCUUGCUAGAGGAGAAAAGCAAAAAUAGACACAAAAUCGGAAAGGAAGCCACGGGAGCAAAAGCAUCAUCAUCAUCAUCACCACGAUCAUUAUCGUCACCUCCAUCAUCAACGCGCAGUGUGCGGCAAGGAGAGAUUGGGUCAGUCAGUGGACGGAGCGAGAUCGUCCAAACUCUUAUAUCCAUCCCGCAUCCAUAUCGCACCAAUCCUCUAUGUGAGGGAUUAGCUUAGCGUUAUUCGAGCAUCAGACGUUUUCACAACUUACGUUGCGCGUCGCUUUUCCCGAGCGGAAAGAACUGUUUUGUUGGUUUGGAGAGAACCGAAAACGCAUCCCCAACGUGUGCCAUCCCUUCAUCGCCUGGUGGAGAGUGCACUUGCCCGGAUUCUGGAUUCGCUUUAUGAUAGAUGUGUAUGUGAGUGUGUGUGUGUGCUUUAAAUAAUCCCAUCGUUUGCUGUGUGUUUGUGUGUGGCUCUUCACAACGUUGUGUGCGAGGCGUUUCGUUGCAAGUUCUACGAGAACAAACUACGCUGCUGCAAGUGAACAACCAUCUUCGACAACUGCAAGCAAAACUCGGCGGCAGAAAACAACAUAUUGAGACUGAUUGUAAAAUAGAUCUAUUAAGAAUAGUAAACAAACAAGCAAAAACCUUCAAUCCAUUAUCAUCCAGCCAGCCGGCGACAAAGUGCAGUGAUUGAGCCAGAAGGGGGCGGUACGCGGUGUACUACCCUCGCAAAGACGUCGUGCGAUCGUUCGUAUACAGACGCACUCGCACAGGAUAAGAUUAUAUUCUUUGGAAGCAAAAGAACACAGCUAAAAACAAUCCCCCCCCCUCCCCAACAACACACAAGCGCCAACAUCAUCCUGACCAACGUGAACGUAAACGAAGUCCUUAGACACAAUAACAAGCGACCCUUCUGCUGCUCGUGAUCCCCCUUACAUCGGUCCCGUUUCUAUCGAGGGAAAGGAGAGCGAAACAACACACUAUUCCACCGAAAUUUUGGCCGACGAUUUAGCCGACGUCGCGAUAUAGUCAAAACGAAACAACUGAUUAACCAGUAGCGUAGCGUCUUGAGAGCAACCGUUUGAACUCCUGCAGUCUGCUGGGUUUCUGAUGAAUAUAAAUGUUUCGAUUGAAAACUACUUUUAGAUACGUGUUUCAAGCUUUACUGUGAGGCGGACAAAUUUGUCACUUUUUUAUAACCAACCUACUACUAACGCGUCGAAAGAUUGCGCCCGCGCAAGCUGCUGCCUGCUAAUUCCGUCACCGUGUUCGGCCACUGUCAGCCGAUCAGCAGGUGUGUGUGUUUUCGGAAGAACGCCUGCGGCUGCAACACAACCCUGAUCAGAUAAAAGAUAAGCACGUGUGUCUGUGUAUUUAAAGCGUGGAAGAAAAUAAGAUAAUUCACCGGCACCAGGGCGGCACCAGGCGGCACAGACUCCAGAGUGCUCGCAUUCAGCGUGGUGGUUAUCAGCGAAAACAGAUUCUACCUGCUUGCUGCGUAAAAGUUACUGUGUUACUCCGUUCAACGCUGUUGUGACUUACUAACGGAGCAUACAUACCUAAGCAAGGCAAAGCAACGGUUGCUACGUUAAAUUGUGCUUGCAAUACUUCCAAUACACCGCACAGCCCCCGAGUGAUUCUGCUGACUGUGUGCACAGGAGCAUACAAAAAUUACCGUAAAAAAGUAAUAUCCAUCGUUUCGAUUGUGGUUGCUGGUCAAGUGACAACCUCUUCCCGCCAGUCAUCUGCAUCUCGGAGAAAGCACAGCUACCAGCACUACAGACCGGUGGAAAGAUAAGAUAAUACACACACGGGUGGUGCGUCUGGAAUACAACAAGCUCUCGUUCUGCGGCUAAAAGUUGCAAAACAGAUCGGCAAAAGCAGCACACUGCAUCUGUUGUUUGAACAAUCCCCAAAAUCAACCGUAAAGCCAACCGGGCGCAACAGAUAGAGGAAAGAAAAAAGGCACGCGAAAAAGAUUGUGAUAAGAGAAUUUUAAGUUUUUUUUUGUUUUAAGUGGACCGCAUCAUCCAUCCCCCCCUCCCGGUGUGCCGCGUCCCCAUUGAAGCGGUGUGCGGGCAGAAGCUUUCGGUUUCGGCCGUCUUUUUAAACGUAUAUUAGUUUGUACUUGUGAUGAAAAUUGUAUCUAUUCGGAAGCAGUAACAUUGUAUUGUGCGCGCACCACAGUCAUUGAAGAAGAAGCAUCGGAGAGAGGAAGUUGAGGUUGAGAUAGCAACGCGCUGUGAAGGAGCGAUUGUUGUGCGAUUGUGUUGUAAGGCGUCGUUAGUUUUUUGUUUCCACCCCGUUUUCGUCUAUAAGACCCCCCAGUGAACAGACGCUCUCCCUGCGUAAGCUUGCGGCUCGUCUACUCCGUCGGUUGUAAAAAGCGGCAAUUACCUUUCGUAGUCGUGUGCAGGAGAGCUUUUUAUGACAACCGUCAUCAUGCGCCAGAAGGACAUCAGACCCGCACCGGCGCGGAUCGAGUUUAAGGGAAUGAAAUUCCUGAUCACCGAUCGGCCCUCGGAUGCAACCAUUCUAUCGUACAUUGCUGAGCUGAAAAAACAUAACGUCUCGAUUGUGGUGCGCGUGUGCGAACCAAGCUACAAGAUCGAGGAGCUGGCCAACCACGGUAUCAUCGUGCGCGAUCUAGCCUUCGAGGAUGGUACCUUCCCGCCGAACGAGAUCGUGAUGGAAUGGUUCGAGAUCCUGAAGCAAAACUUUCUGUACAGAUUCCAGGAAGAUCCGGAAGCGUGCGUGGCGGUCCAUUGUGUGGCAGGGCUGGGCCGGGCACCGGUGCUAGUGGCACUAGCUUUGAUCGAACUAGGACUUAAGUACGAGGCAGCUGUAGAAUUGAUUAGAGAUAAACGAAGAGGUGCUAUUAAUGCCAAACAACUAUCUUACCUAGAAAAGUAUAAGCCCAAGUCACGGUUAAAGCACAAAAACGGCCACAAGAACUCGUGCUGCGUGCAAUAAAACUAUCAAAAUUCCCA